CAUCGUCCUCCCUCUCAGCCAUCCUCGCCACGCCACCGUAUUCACCACCGCCCAAUUCGGCCCGUGCUAAACCGAGGUUGCUCCACUUGACGCUGCCGCCGCGAGCGAACACAGACCACGCCUGCAGGCAUUUGCACCUACACCUGCACCUGUUCGCGGACCUGUCUUCCCAUCCUCUUCUGCAUGGAACCAGACUCCGCCAUGACGGGGAAUCUGUCUUCCGAGGACGCGGAAAUUGUGCAGAACAAGGUCAUCAACGAAGAGUACAAAAUAUGGAAGAAGAAUAGCGUGUUCCUGUACGACAUCCUAUAUAGUCGAGCCCUGGACUGGCCUACCCUUACCACGCAAUGGCUGCCCGACGUCAAACAGGAGCCGGGCAAGACCUCGCGACAACACAGGAUGAUCUUAGGUACUCAUACGGACGGCUCCAAGGACAACUACCUGCAGAUCGCCCACAUCAAUCUGCCCGAGCCUCCCGCCAUGUCCAUGGCAGACUAUAAUCCCGCGAGUGAAGAACUGGGAGGUCAUGGUGCUGCAAAGGAGCCCAUCGUGUUCUCGGUCGUCCAGCGAAUCAAUCACCCUGGCGAGGUUAACAAGGCCCGGUAUCAACCACAGAACCCGAACGUCAUCGCCACAUGGGCGCCUGACAAGAACCUCUACAUCUGGGACCGCACGAAGCACUCCUCUGUGCCAAGUGGCAUCGUCAAGCCCCAAGCUAUACUCAAAGGACACACUGGGGAAGGCUUCGCCGUCGAAUGGAAUCCUUUCACAGAGGGCGAACUCAUUUCUGGUAGCGAAGACAAGACUGUCAGACUUUGGAAUCUGUCGCGGGACUUCUCACGGGAUAACAUCUCUAUUGCGCCUGCCCGCACCUUCACACAUCACUCGGCGGUCGUCAAUGACGUGCAGUACCAUCCGAUGCACGGCAAGAACCUCUGGGGAUCUGUGUCCGACGAUCUCACCAUGUGCUUGAUGGACAACCGAUCCAAGUCCGACAGCAAGCCUGCCGUGCAGUUCAAGAACGCACACACGGAUGCCAUCAACUCUCUGUCAUUCCACCCCAAGCACGAUAAGCUCUUCGCCACCGGAUCCGCAGACAAGUCGAUUGGUAUCUUCGACCUGCGGUUUCCCGAGCAUGGCAAGAUCCACAGUCUUGAGGGCCACAAGGACGUCAUCACCAAGGUUGACUGGCAUCCCCAUGAUUCUGGUAUUCUGGCAUCGAGCUCAAAUGACCGUCGCAUCAUAUUCUGGGAUCUUUCCAAGGGAGGUGCUGAGCAAACCCCUGAAGACGCUGAGGACGGCCCACCGGAGAUGCUUUUUAUGCAUGGAGGUCACACAAACAGAAUUUCGGAUUUCUCAUGGAAUCGCAACGACCCGUGGGUCAUUUGCUCCACUGGUGAAGAUAAUCUGAUCCAGUGCUGGAGGCCAAGUCGUCAUCUGGUCGAGGUCAUGUCGCCUGGGGUGCAACGUAGGGAGGUGGAAGACUAGAGAUCUACCCGCUCUUCCUCUGGGGAUACUAUGCAAUGAGCAUCUGAAGGCGAACUCAUGCAAGCCCUUCUUCGCCCCCACUGGAGCCUAUGGAACAACUUCUCACAGCAGAUAGGUUGAAUUGGGAUGACGAAGACCAGCGCCUACAGCCCAGCAAAUAUUCAUCCUCGCAGUGACUAGGAGCCUAGUAUAGGCUACAAUAACGACACUGCUCGGAGCAUAGAGCAAAAGCGAGAUUAACGAGUACUACUGAGCAGCGGACUUGAAUUGAACGAUAUGAUUGGCAGGAUUUCGACGCGGGCCAUGUCGCUUACGACGCAAGCCUCGCGUCGCUGGGAUAUGCCCUCGCAAACCAAAUAUGCUUACCCUUGUCCGUCAAUUCCAACCUCACCUUUGCUUCA